GGCGGGGCGCUGGAAGCGUCGGGGCGGCGCGAAGAUGGCGGCGGCGAUGGCAGCGCCCGAGGCUGUGGCGGCGCCGAGCUCGCUGCUGCUGCUGGUGGUGGGCGGCGAGUGCGGCUGCCCGGGGCUGCUGGCCUACGUCCUGGAGGAGCUGGAACGAGGGGUUCGCUCGUGGGAGGAUGUGGACCCUAGCAUCUGCAGCCUGGAUGAGCAGCUCAAGGUCUUUGUGUCCCGGCACUCAGCUACCUUCUCCAGCAUUGUGAAAGGUCAGCGGAGCCUGCACCACCGUGGAGAGACCCUGGAGACGCUGGUCCUGUUGAACCCUUCAGACAAAUCCCUCUGUGAUGAGCUCCGGAACCUCCUGAUGGACCCCGCUCCACACAAGCUGCUGGUGCUGGCAGGACCCUGCCUGGAGGAGACCGGGGAGCUGCUGCUGCAGACCGGGGGGUUCUCAGCCCAGCACUUCCUGCAGGUGCUGGGGGACAAAGAGGUCCAGGAUGCGCUGGCCUCGGCACCCACUGCCCCACCGGCCCUCACCCUGUCCUGUCCGACCUUUGGGGACUGGACGCUACUGGGCCCCACGCCUGGGCUGCGACUGCGACUGAACCCACCCGCGCUGCUGCCGGCCUCCGAGGGCCUGCGUGCCUUUCUGGAGUAUGUGGCCGAGUCGCUGGAGCCGCCGUCGCCCUUCGAGCUGCUGGAGCCGCCGGCCGCGGGCGGCUUCCUGCGCCUGGCGCGGCCCUGCUGCUAUGUGUUCCCAGGCGGCCUGGGCGAUGCCGCCUUCUUUGCAGUCAACGGCUUCACUGUGCUGGUGAAUGGCGGUUCCAACCCCAAGUCGAGCUUCUGGAAGCUGGUGCGCCACCUGGACCGUGUGGACGCAGUGCUGGUGACCCACGCAGGCGCGGACAGCCUGCCCGGCCUCAAUAGCCUGCUGCGUCGCAAGCUGGCAGAACGUGAGGCGGCCGCGGGGCCGCAGGGACCACGCGAGGAGAUGCUGCGCCGCCUUCUGUCUCCCGCCCUGGGUGUCGUAUUCCUCAAUGCUCGAGAGGCGACGUCUCGGCUGCGUGGGGGAGAGGACGAGGCGGUGUGCGCGCGGGGCCUGCUGCAGAGCCUGGGCAUCGCACCGCUGCCCCUGCAGCGAGGCCCGCAGCCCGCGCGCCCCACUGUCCUCUUUGAGAAACUGGGUGUUGGCCGCCUUGAGCUCUUUGUACUGCACCCGCCCCCCGGGGACCCCGCAGCGCCCGCCUGCGCCCUCCUGGUGUGGCAGCCCGCGGUGCCCAGCGACAAGGUGGUUCGUGUGCUGUUCCCUGGGCGCACGCCGCCCACGCGCCUGCUGGACGGGCUGCAGCGCCUGCAGCACCUGCCGUGUCUGCGCCGCCCGGUGGUCACCGCGCGGGAUUUGGAUGCUCCCGCGAGGGCUGACAGCCAGGACAGCUUGGCCUCGCGGGACAGCUCGCGCAAAGAGCCUGUCCGGAGCGCCAUUGGCAGCUCCAGCAGGAGCACAGUGCGAAGACAGCCGGCUCCGCCCUCGCGCGACCUCAAGAAGGAUGCAAAACCUGGGCCCACACGGCCUGCAGUCCGCGACGUGCGCCGAUCCGGGCCAGGUGUCGCCAACACGAAGCCUCGCACGGCACAGAACGGUCCUCGAGCCCUGGUUCCCUCAGGGCCGCCUAUGGCUCGUUUGCCUGAGAGCCCGGGAGAGGCAGGGAGCAGCCUGGAGCCCGAGCGGCCACCUGCCCCGUCCCCAACCCUGUCUCCAGCUCGGUCCCCACCACCUAGUGUCCCUGGCAACAGCCCUGAGCGCCUGUCUCUCAGCCCGCUUCGCCCAGAACCUGCGCUGGACGCAUCACCCUCAGCCACGACACCCACAGCCACGACACCCACUCUGACCACGCCCUCGCUGCCUGCGGAGCUGGGCUCACCGCACUCUACUGAGGUAGAUGAGUCUCUGUCCGUGUCCUUCGAGCAGGUUCUGCCAGCGGGUGACCCGGGGCUGAGCCUGCCCCUGCGCCUUGCCCGCCGCUCCACAUCCCCACACGAUGUAGACCUGUGCCUCGUGUCACCUUGUGAGUUUGCGCACCGCAAGCCGCCCCUUCCCGCAUCUCCGGGCAGCUCGGACAGCAGCGCCCGUUCGCAGGAGCGGCCACCCGAGACGCCGCCCACGUCAGUGAGUGAGUCGCUGCCCACGCUGUCUGACUCUGACCCUGUGCCGGCCGCAGACUCCGACGACGACGCGGGUAGUGAGGGCGCGGCCAGGGACCCGCUGCCCACACCCCGUGUGCCACCACCCCUUCCCGACGUCCCCGGCAUCUGCAUGGUGGACCCCGAGGCCCUGCCGCCCCGUACCAGGCAGCCGCCCAACCUCGCCAAUCCCGGUCGCAGCCGCAAGGCCCCCCCAAGGCCGAGCUCCUCCUCCUCCGCUGCCCCCAGAGCUGCAUCUGUGGCUGCCAAGACCAAGGGCCCUGCCGGGGACAGGGCACGGCCACUAAGUGCCCGCAGUGAGCCUGCAGACAAGCCAGGCCGUGUGCCGCUCACCAGGAAGCCCUCAGUCCCCAAGACUGUCCCCAAAGUGGCACCUGCCACGAGGACCUCCUCUGAUGCCCUGAUGCCGCCACCAACCUGUGUGUUACCCGCAGGGCUCAGUAGCCGCUCUGUGGCACCUGCUGCUGGCUCCCCCGUCUACCUGGACCUGGCCUACCUGCCUGGGGGUGGCACAGGCCACCUGGACCAGGACUUCUUCCUUCGAGUCCGAGCGCUCUGCUAUGUCAUCAGUGGGCAGGGCCAGCGCCAGGAAGAGGGCCUGCGGGCCGUGUUGGACGCGCUGCUGGCCGGCAAGCAGCAGUGGGACCUUGACCUGCAGGUCACACUGAUCCCCACCUUCGACUCGGCGGUGAUGCACAGGUGGUACGAGGAGACGCAGGAGCAGCGCGAGGCGCUGGGCAUCAGGGUGCUGGGCAGCGGCAGCAUGGUGUCCAUGCAGGACGAGGCCUUCCCUGCCUGCAAAGUGGAGUUCUAGUCACCGCGGGCGUCGCCACGGCUUCCAUCCCCAGCGCCACAGACGGAGCAGUGCUGCCGCCAUCACUUGUCUGUGCCGGUCACAAGGCAGGCUCACCGCCAUCGUCCGUGCUCGCACUCAGGCCGCAGAGGCGGGAGGAUCAGUGUGGGCGCCAGGCCAGCCAGGGCUGAGCAGUGAUCCUUGUUUCAAAUCCCACAGCAAAUAAAGCAGCUGGGUCAGA